CAUCCCAAUUUCAAACCCAGAUACUGAUAGUACAGGGAUAAAAGCCCAGAAUCCCAUUCCUCAACUUUCUGCACCAACAUGAACGAUGAAGCUAAGCUUCAGACCAAAACUCUCAACAUUCCUUAAGCCCUCUUCUGUCACUAACCUCCAUCGCUCCUUUUGCUCUUCUUCAAUAUCAUCACCACCACCCACUUCACUCAAACCUCAAACCCCUCUCUUUCUGAAGCCACCCAUACACUCAGCCGCCUCCUCAGACCUCCAGAAAUGGCAUGACUGGGCCAAAAGUCUCGCUUCCUCUGUUGGGUCAACGUUUGUGGACUUGGACAAUGGCCCAGACUCAACCCUUUUGUGCAGAGAGAUCAAAUGGCUCAUGGAGGACGCAAUCGAAGAAGAAUCAGAAGGUAUGGAAAACAACCAGAGAAGCAUUAGGCUAAGGGUGGCCCUGGAGGAGCUUUACAUGUUAUGGAAGCAAAGGGUUGAAGAGAGGAGGCCAUUUCAGUAUGUUGUUGGGUGUGAGCAUUGGAGGGACUUGGUGCUUUGUGUUCAAGAAGGGGUUCUAAUUCCAAGGCCUGAGACUGAGCUCAUUGUUGAUUUGGUGGGUGAUGUGGUUUUGGGUAAUGAAGGGUUAAGAGAGGGUCUGUGGGCUGAUUUGGGGACUGGGAGUGGUGCAAUUGCUAUUGGGAUUGGGAGGAUUUUGGGGACUGGUGGGAGAGUCAUUGCAACUGAUUUGAGUCCUGCAGCAAUUGGGGUGGCAGGUUUUAAUGUGCAGAGGUAUGGUUUACAGGAUGUAGUGGAGCUAAGGCAAGGAUCUUGGCUUGAACCAUUAAAGGAUAUGGAAGGUAAACUCGCAGGUUUUGUAAGUAAUCCACCAUACAUACCAAGUGACGAUAUCUCAGGGCUUCAAGCUGAAGUUGGACGACAUGAACCCAAAGUUGCAUUGGAUGGUGGUAUCAAUGGCAUGGAUGAUCUUUUACAUAUUUGCGAAGGGGCUGCUUCUAUGUUGAAACCUGGUGGAUUUUUUGCUUUUGAGACAAAUGGGGAGAAGCAGUGCAAACAUCUUGUAGAGUACAUGGAAAAUGAUGCUGGAGGCAGCUUUUGUAAUUUGAAAAUAGUUCCUGAUUUUGCUGGUAUUCGUAGAUUUGUUACAGGAUUCCACAAGUGAGCAACAUGAAUUAUGAUCUACUACAUGGAAUCUGAGUCAUCCCUUC